GGUCUUCGGCGGGGCGGGCGGCAGCGGCGCCCGGGCAUGGCUUCGGCGGGCAGCGGCAUGGAGGAGGUGCGCGUGUCGGUGCUGACCCCGCUGAAGCUGGUCGGGCUGGUGUGCAUCUUCCUGGCGCUGUGUCUGGACCUGGGCGCCGUGCUGAGCCCGGCCUGGGUCACGGCCGACCACCAGUACUACCUGUCCCUGUGGGAGUCCUGCCGGAAGCCCGCCAGCCUGGACAUCUGGCACUGCGAGUCCACGCUCAGCAGCGACUGGCAGAUUGCUACUCUGGCUUUACUCUUGGGCGGUGCUGCCAUCAUUCUCAUUGCAUUCCUGGUGGGUUUGAUUUCUAUCUGCGUGGGAUCUCGAAGACGCUUCUACAGACCUGUUGCUGUCAUGCUUUUUGCAGCAGUUGUUUUACAGGUUUGCAGCCUGGUCCUUUACCCAAUCAAGUUCAUUGAAACUGUGAGCUUGAAAAUUUACCAUGAGUUCAACUGGGGUUAUGGCCUGGCCUGGGGUGCAACUAUAUUUUCGUUUGGGGGUGCCAUCCUUUAUUGCCUAAACCCUAAGAACUAUGAAGAUUACUACUAGAACCAAUAGUCUCAGAUUUGGGGGGAAAAAAAAAGAAAAAGAAAAAGAAAAAAAGUCAACAAAAGGAUUACAUCUGCAUCUUUUCUAACUCAGUUUUCUAAAACACUUGUGGAACAUCAAGCAGUUUGCUCAGUUGAUUUAAUGUCCUUUGCCUUUUGGCUGUCAACAUCAUAACCAGCAUUUACAUCCAUUUUAGGUACUUGUGCAAAUUAAGAGAGCUGAUUAGACAUAGGCAAAUGCUGCAAACGUCCAAUAUAUUCAUGUCAUUUUUCUUGACAAGUGAAGGGUCUAUAUGACAGCAACCAUUGUGAGGAACUUAGAUGGAAUGCGAAUUGCCUGAGCCUCAUAUUGCCUGCAGGGGAGCAGCUGGCAUAAGCAACAUUUAGAAGUUUCUUUGUACUGACAAGGAUUCUACUCUUAGAGCCCUUAUCGCCUGCUUAUCCCAUCCAAUGACUACAUUGGCUGUUGGUUAUUUGCUUGAGUGAGCUCUUGAAAAGUGAACCGCCCUUCAGCAUCUAAUGGGAGUUAUGAAUAUAACUGGUUAAUAGUACACAUUCUACCUUCAAGAAUACUCUCUUUAAUGGGAGGUUAUGCUUUGGCAAUCAGCAUCUCCCUGGGAAGGGAGUCAAGACGUAGAAACAUGUUUUUCAUUAUGUGGUUAGAAAUUGUGCCUCAGCCCUAUCCAGAAUGGAAGAAAAUUGAGGGUCUCUGCUUUCCCUGGGGCAACCAGAAAGAAAUAUGCGUGAGUUGCUUUUGUACCCUUUAAAUUGUUUACCAAACAUUGCAGCAGUUGUGCGUAUGUAAGGAACUUAAAUAUUUUUAUAGAAAGUGAGCCAUUAGGAUAUGGUAAGAUGUUGUUCCCUAACUCUCCACAUACAUUUGCCUAUUAUACAUAAAAUUAAUAUUUGCUCUAGUGAAGUGGUUUGAACACUAACCUUGUAUUUGUUGUUAAGAGGCUUAGAUUGGUAUUCACAUUUAUUUACCAUACAAAAGUAUAUACACCUUAAAGCUUUUUCUCUGUUUCACUGGAAAGUGUUAAUAGGAUUGCCUAAGAAAAAAAAUUGAAAUGGUGUUAAUCUGAAAACUAACGAUUCCUCUGUAAGCACGGUAGUUCAAAAGAGAGUAGCAGUUAGGAUGAUCAUUUUGUGUAAAAUUCAUUAAAGUAGAAGGCUGCUAUUUUUUGCAGGUAUUUUAAAUGUCUUCAUUAAAAAAAAAAUGGAGUAGUGAUAGAUUUAUAUAAAUGUCUAAAUGUCUCAGUAGAGGAGUAGAAUUCAUCCAGGUAACACUUGGUCCUCUGAAGUUAACUGAUGGGCUAAAUGAUUUAUACAUACAAUUAUGAUGGGUUUAUGUCAAGGGAAUCAUUUACUGACUGUUCCAAUGGAAGGAAAUAUCAAUAAAAGGGAAUAAGUUUGCAACUAAUCUCUUACUGCAAACUUGUGUUGAUUCUGUUUAGUAUACAAAUUUGGAUAGUUUAAUUAUAAGCAUAUUUUUAUAUCAAAUACAGUUCUAAUAUAAAAGUUAUAAAUAAUUAUUUUUGUUAACAAAGACACUAAAUAUGUUCUGGUUUUGGCCCUCUUGCAGAAAGAAGCAUUGGAAAAAUCAUUUAAAACCUACCUAUAUGCUAUUAUAUUGAUCUGUUAAGAGCAGGACCAUAUCAAUAGUAUUUAGUAAUUUGCUUUACCUCCCAAAGCUGAAUUCUGCUUUCAGCUUGUCUUAAUAAUGGUUGCCAAAACAACAGCCAAAAAAGAAACUAUUUUAUAUUCAAAUGAUAAAAAACACUCCCCUAUCUUGUGAAUCACAAAGUACAUAUUAAGUAUCAGGUUUAUUCUUACUUUAGCAAAGAUAGACAAAUUGAUUGAAUUCAUCCAGAGAGAAACUUUUAAAAGUAUAUGAUUCUAUAAUCAUAACAAACUAUGAGUAAAAUUUUUCCAGAAAUAUAUUAGUGUUACAGGGUCAUUUAAAGCAAUUCUCUGGAGAAAUAGUAAAAUCUGGGGCAGAAUGUCUUAGAGUUUAUUGUAUAUUGUUAGAGCAGCAUGAGAAAUACAAUAUUUGGAUAGGGAUUUUGGCUAUUGAACACCCUCUAUUGUGAGGUGUCCUUAUUCCUGAAUAAUGGAAGGAUAGUACUUUGGUGCUGAUAUCAAUAAGGCACUUUUCUUGGUCCUAGUAGAGGAUGCAGUGUGCUCUUAAAACAGUGUCAUAUCUUGAGUCUCAUCAUGUUUUCAUUCUCUGUCAGUAUGACAACCUGGAAAAUGACAGAAUGUUAUUGGUUGAGGCACACAUAUUUGCAGUUUACUGAAAAGUAGAUUUCUUACACCACUUUUUUCCCUUCCAAGUGAACCAUGCUGUUUUAUUACCAUCACUAAUAUUUGGAAGUGUUUCAUUACUAACAAGCUCCAUAUAACAUGAAGAUUGUUGUUGCUCAUGUUAAUACUAUUAUGUCUAUCAGAAUAAACACAAGUGAAAUUGUCACCUACACUAACAUUAUGUCUUUGCAGCUUUAGGUUUGUUUGUUUUCUUAAGCAAAAUCGUUAGCCACAAAACCAUUGUGUAUCUUAGAGAUAUAUACACACAUACAUGUAGCAUAAAGUACUCAGCAGGGCUAGUUAUUUGGAUUUCUUGCACAACUAUUUAGCCUUUUGUAAGUUCGAUGUGUAAAUUUUAAAGACAUAAAUAUAGAGAGGCCUAUGUGUUUGACAUAUAAAUGAUAUAUUAUGGAUUAGCAUGUACCUGUAUAUUAUUAAACAUGCAAUGAACUGACUGAUAAGUGAUGUCUAAUGUAUGGCUAGCAAUGUAAUUUAUUCAGACUGUAUUUUUGUACAGAGCAGCACACACUAACCUAUGCCUCUGUGUCCUCUUUAAUGCCUAAAACUGUGCCUAGAAAUUUCAUCUGUCUUAAAAAAUAAAAUAUACUUCAUGCUCUUUAUGCUAUUAGUUUCUCUACUGCUAUUAUAUAUUUAUUAUUUUAAAAUAUGUGACAUAUUUACUACUUAAAUAUGAAUUCAUGGUAUCCUGGUUCCUUUUUCUUUAACAGUCACCUGGGGGAAAUCUGUUUUAUCACUCCAGUGCUUUUGAGUUUGCAGUUUCAUAACCAGUUCUUCAUUUCAUGAUUUUUGUAGUUGACAUGAAGUUAUCUAUGUGGAAAAAUAAAAAUAAAAGUGGUUUCACUCAUGUGA